AUGCCUGGCAUCACUAGACCAGCCCUUUCCGUCGCCGCCUCCAAGGCCCCAUCGCAGCCAGCAAAGACCCUCUCCGCAAACGAGAAUCUCGACUGGCAUCCAACUUCCUGGCGCUCCAAGCAGCUUGACCAGGACAUUGUCUACCCAGAUGAAGGCAAGCUGUACCAGGCUCUCAGCAAGAUCAACCGCCUUCCUGGGCUCGUGACUCCUGCCGAGAUUGAGCGCGCUCGCGAGGACUAUGCCCGUGGUGCUCGGGGCGAAGCCUUCUUCAUUCACGGUGGUGACUGCGCCGAAGGUGAGUAGGCGUUUGCGUGUGGCAGCAUCGACAUCGCGAUGCUCAUACGUGUCUCGUCCCUCAGCUUUCGACGAGUGCAAUGAAGAACACAUCUCUGCCCAACUUCGCGUGCUUCUUCAAAUGAGUCUGGUCAUCUUUUUGGGCGCCAAGAUUCCCAUCGUCCGCGUUGGACGUAUCGCUGGCCAGUACGCCAAGCCCAGAAGCAAGCUAACGGAAGUAGUCGAUGGAAGAGAGUACCCUUCGUUCCGCGGAGAUUCAGUCAACGGCGUUGCACUGCACGAUAGGCAGCCCAAUCCUGAGCGCUUGCUUGCUGCACACUUUCACAGCUCCCUGACUCUCAAUUACUUGCGCAGUCUGAACUGCGAGCAGCGAAUCUUCCAUGCUGCCAUCGGAGAGCUCGACUUUCAUGCAGAGUCCAUCGUCGACGACGUGCUUCGACUCAACGCCUACAAGUUUCAUGCUCGCAUCGAGGAUGUCAUGCUGGCGUCAGCGCGCCAGGGAGACGCGUCGGCCGUCAAGUCGCUUGAACGCCUGCAGGAAGCAGUCGGAAGCGAGAUGCUCUGGACCUCUCAUGAAGCGCUCAACAUUCCCGUCGAAGAAGCCAGCAUCCGCACAGUCUUGCACGCUUCCACUGGCGACUUGCGUCACUACAACACCUCGGCUCACAUGCUUUGGAUAGGUGAGCGCACUCGCCAGCUCGAAGGCGCCCACGUGGAAUUCAUGCGCGGUAUUCGCAAUCCCAUCGGCUGCAAGGUCGGACCGAGCAUGCAGCCUGCCGAGCUGGUGGAGCUCCUCGACAAGCUCGAUCCUCACUUUGAAGAUGGUCGCGUUACGCUCAUCACCCGUCUUGGUGUCGACAACGUCGAGCGCUUCUUGCCCGCUCUCAUCAACGCUGUCCAAAAGUCCGGACAUUGCCCUCUUUGGCUCUGCGAUCCUUGCCACGGAAACGGCAAGACGACGUCGACUGGAGUCAAGACUCGCGAUUUUGCCGACAUGUUUGGAGAGAUUGAAAAGUGCAUCUCUGUGCACGGUGCGCUCGGAAAUCCUCUUGGAGGCCUGCACCUCGAGCUCACUGGUGAUAAAGUGACGGAAUGCACGGGCGGAUGCAUCCCUCUGGCUGAAGAUGGUCUGGGGGCGGCUUACAAGACUUUGUGCGAUCCCAGACUCAACGCUGAACAGAGCUUGCAUCUGGCGUUGCUCGUCAGCCGCAGGCUCGAGGGCGACAAUUUGCACUCUCAUCUCGUUUCUACUGCCAAUCCGGCGGCCAAAUUUGUGCCGAGCACUCCUGCCGCCUAG